GCCGUCCGGACAGGAAGUGAGCAAACAUCAAACUGCUGCUGUCUCCACGUGUGAGAGCAUUUCAGUCACAUUGGCAGCACUACGGCUCCACGAUGAAACGACCAAAGUUAAAGAAAGCGAGUAAGAGGGUCUCAUGUGCCAAACGUUAUAAAAUACAGAAGAAGGUUCGAGAGCACAACAGAAAACUAAGAAAAGAGGCAAAGAAGAAAGGAGUGAGCAAACGAGUGAAGAAGGACCUUGGGGUGCCCAGUAGUGCUCCCUUCAAGGAGGAGGUGCUCAGGGAGGCAGAGCAGAGGAGGCUGAAGAUUGAAGAAGAAAAAGAAAGAAAAAGACAAGCCAAAAAGGAGGAGCGAGCCCAGAAGAGGAAGAAGGAGAAAGAAGGUGCAAGCAAAGAGACAGAACCCAAGGCCAAGAGGGUUCGCAAGAAUGACAGUGAAAAUCCUUCAGGGAAACAGGCAGCCCCAGACAGGAACUCAAAACAGUUUCUUUGUGCUGAAUUAAACAAGGUAAUUGAUGCAUCUGAUGUGGUAUUAGAAGUCCUGGAUGCUCGUGAUCCACUGGGUUGCAGAUGUCCACAGCUGGAGGAGGCGGUGCUGCAGAAGGGAGGCAACAAGAAGCUACUGCUGGUUUUAAACAAAAUAGAUCUGGUACCAAAGGAGAAUGUGGAGAGGUGGAUACAGUAUUUACAACAGGAGUUUCCUGUUGUGGCCUUUAAAGCAUCUACACUGAUCCGGGAUAAAACAGUGAAAGCUAAAAAGAGCAGAAUAGAUCCCUCCAAUGAAAUCCAGGACAAAUCCAGAGGAGCGAUCUGCUUUGGAAACGGCUGUCUCACUGAGCUGCUCUCAACUUAUGCUGAGAACUUGCAGAAUGAAGCUUCGCUCAAAGUGGGUGUAGUUGGUUUUCCUAAUGUAGGAAAGAGCAGCCUCAUCAACAGUGUAAAGGGGGUCAUGGCGUGCAAUGUUGGUAUGAAGAGAGGCAUGACCAAAUUGAUGCAGGAGGUGCACAUUUUGAAGAAUAUAAAGGCAAUAGACAGUCCAGGAGUUGUGGCAUCGCCGUCCAACCCCCCAGCUUCAAUGGCUCUGAGGAGUCUGCAGGUGGAGGAGGGCAGUGAAAGUGUGCUGGAAGCUGUUAGGACUCUGCUGAAACAGUGUGACAAGACCCAGAUCAUGCUUCAGUAUACCAUCCCAGACUACAGAAAUUGUCUGGAGUUUCUGACCCUCCUUGCCAAAAAGCGUGGUUUUCUACAGAAGGGUGGAGUUCCCAACACAGAGCAGGCAGCCACCACCUUCCUGGGCGACUGGACAGGAGCCAAACUCAGCUACCACUGUAAGGCACCAGAGAACCACAGCCUUCCUGCCUACAUGUCUGACGCUGUGGUCGCCGAGAUGCAGAACAGCUGGGAUCUGAACAAACUGAAAGCAGGAAACGAGGAAACUCUGAAAGGUGUUAAAUUCCCGAGUCAGUCCAGCAGUAUCAGCUUCAUCUCUAAAGGGCUGACUGCAGGUCUGCUGAGUGCGUCUGACAUCUCUGAAGAAAAACCUGCUGCUGCCGCCACAGUGGCAGAAGCAGAGCAGAAUGAUGAGAACGAUGAGCCUGAACAAACUACAGAGGGCUCAAAUGAAGCAGAGGAACAGGAGCAACCACAGAAAUUGUUGCUGAAAAAAAAGACACCGGGUCAUGUGCAGUUUCACCCUGCCCCCAUUGACAUCAGCCUCUCUUCAGUCACAACAGAUGAUGCCUAUGAUUUCAACACGGACUUUAAAUGAGCUCAGCCUUCGCUCUGAUGGACAUUCAGACCUGAAUCAUGAGCCCUUCCUUCUCUGCCUAUAGCUGGAAAACAAUGGGAAAGUUGACCACAUUAGGGUAAACCUUCAUCCUAAAGUGCAUUUUUUUGUUUUGGGUGUUUAAAGACGCCAUAAGUAGUUAUGUAUAUAUAUGUACAUCCACUGACUGCUUUUCACAGAUGUUGGUGAAAGAUUGCCAGAUGUCUUUGUAAUAUCUUGUUAUGCAAGAAUACUGUAUAUAGAUGGCUUACUGAUGUAAUAAACUAUCUACAGAGUGGUAA